AUGGACCCUCCGAUCCUACCAGCAUAUUCUCUUAGAGUUCAGCUCUUCCUUUCAACAGCACAUUCGCUAGGUGAUAAGCCGGUUCGAAAUUUCCGCGUAGUUACUUCACCAAAGAUUACUGUGAGAAAUUUUUGCGUAGAAGCAUCCCGGAUUCACGAAAUUAAUUACGGAGAACCUUUAUCAAUCAAAAAGGUGCAAGAUGACCACGGAUUUGACAUAACACAAUCUGAGAUCCUCGGGAACCUUUUCUCUGCCUCAUCUAUAGUUCGAAUUGUCCAGGCCCAAAAAUACUUACACAUGAGAGAUUCAAUACCACCUACCUCGGGGCUUCGGUUCAAUCCUUCACUAGUCCGACGGAGAGAAAAAAGAGAGGACAUAGGCGCAAAUGGAUCUACAGUCUUUUGGGGAGCAAAUAAAAGGAGGAGGAUUUCUUAUAAUGACCCAGAUAACCCACUUCCCUCGCGUGAGGUUUCAUUACCUGUCAGCCAUGAUAAUACAGCUUCAGAGGAUCUCGGAAUGAUUGAUUCCCAUAAGGUCUGUCAGGCCUCAAUACAAAUCUCUGAAACUCCAGAACCAGCACAUGCAUCGCAAGAAAUAGACUUGAAUUAUUUACAUGGGCAUACACUUCAUGAAUCUGCUACGACAUCUCAUCAUGAUAAUGAAAUGUUUGAAAGACAAUCGAGUCUUCCAACAAUUGUCCCUAGCAAAAAUUUCACACCUCUGUAUGGAAAAGCAAACUGUCAGAAAGAACAAGCUACUCUGGGAUGUCUUACGAGUAACGUAGCGGUAAGUCUUCCAGGAUUAGAAGAACAAUUGAGCCAAAAUGGACACAUGUUGGACACAUCAAAUAAUCACACAAGAAACUCACAGCAGUACAUUACCAUGGAACUGGAAGUGGCUAAUUCUAACGAUGAUAUCUCUGCUUAUAACAAGCCUCGGGGACUAGACAUAGUUCAAGAAGUUAUUCCAUCAGUAGUGUCUCGAAAUGAAUUGUCUAUAACGAAACAUGGAAAUGGAUCCCUUGAAGAUCAGGCUCAGAAAUUAUCCUCCAAUAACCAGCUGUUAUCUGAUGAGAUGAAGUCAACACUCAAUGGAGAGAUUAUUGAAAGAUCAUCAAAAACAAAAUCUGCACAUGAUACCAAAAAUAGAAGAUCAAUCAAAGGUGACUUUCAAACACAGCAAUCAUCUGAAACUGUCCAAAAACAUGCGUCCCAACUAUGGAGAGCGCCGGAAAUAGGGGGGUUAACCGAAAAUGAUAACCUUGAGAGAAUAGAAAGAGAUGUUUCCACAAAAAAUCUAAAUCAACAGGCAAGCCCUAAUCUAGGUACUGAAUUUGGUAAAUUAGAAGAACAAAACUCAAUGACACAAAAAAUGGAUAAUAACUCUCACGCUGUCGAUAUUGGUCGACGGCAGCGAAAGAAAAGCAUUACUAAACAAGAAUUUGAAAAGCGGGUAUCACAAGAAAAAACAAGUCCUACUAAUGCCGAAAACCUAACCAACCUUGAAAUGAACAAGAAAAAACUUCGGACCGCUAGAUCUUCAGGUAGAAAAUUGGAAAAGGAAUCAAGGCAAUCACCGCCUUCAACGCCGAAUGUAUCUCAAGUCAAGGAUUCCUCACCUAAUUUCUCAGAAUCAAAAUCUGAAACUAUCUGCUCUGAUAGUCAACUGGUAAACCUGGCUCUUCAAAAUAGUGCUAUAAAAAGUAGCUUCCCGGCUGUAAUGUCACCUUCAAAAUCCGUUCCUCAAAAUGAAGUUUCAAGUACUUCUGCACCAUCAAAAGGCCGUAGGAUACCGUUUCAAAGGGGGGGAAAUGAUACAUCUAUUAAGCCUCCCAAUCGAAUUUUCUCUGAUACAUCAGCCCCCGUACAAACAGGAACGGUACUAAAUACAUACGAUGAAGCUCCACCUGCAUCCAAAGCUAGUCUAAUUACUCAGAAGACAUCAGUCACACCAAUCCUGCCACCAAAAAAAAAAACUAGCACAGCCACCAAAGUAUCCAAAAAGAUCGUGGGGAAUAAUGCAGCUCCAAACUCAUCUUCUAGGACUACUUCCUCAUCAAAGCCAUGUCUAUCCUCAAAAGUUACCCCAAUAAUACCACCCAAAUCCAGGCACUCGAUUAUCAACUCUCUUAAAAAAGAGAAAAAUUCUACAAAUUUCCAAAUCAGGAAAAACGAUAAUGAUAGAUCCGAGAAAAGUCAAGCCGAAACAUCAGCCAAAAGAAUAAACGAAGGCUCACUUGCAAAGGCCAAAAAUGAUGAUUUAAAAUCUUUUACGACCCCUUCCAAAACUACCACCGACCAAAAAAUUAUACGGCACCCCAGAAAGCAGUCGCAAGUUUCUCAGCCGGAUGGGUUUAUAGAUCAGACAGAUGGGAUUGAGAAUGAAGAGAAUCAGAGCCAGGAUUCUGAUGAGCGUGAUAGUCGCUCCCCGGUCGCAUUUCAUUACACCUCGCAACUCCCGAAAACUCAACAAUCUCCAUCUUUAUCCUCCGAAUCUCAAUUAGACAUUGAGGAUGAUGAAGAUACAGAAUUUAAGAACGUUUCAGUAACUCCAAAAAAAGGUGAAUCACGCCAACACGCUACUUGCUUUGAGAGUCGGGGAAGUAGAGAUCCUGGUGAGAAGGAACUACAUGUGAAACUCAACGCUCAAACAGUCAAACCAGCCAAUGACAGCACACCUACUAUCUCAUCGAAAAUAGAGAUCCCAAACUCAUCCCUUCCCUUAAAUCAGAACCUCCUUCCGAAAGAAAGCGGUAGAAAAGCAAUCAAAUCAUCUCAAUAUCCAAACAAUUUCACUAACCUAUCAAACUCCGACACUGUUGAACCCCCAUCUUCCUUGGAAGAGAGAAGACCUCUAUUUGGGUUUGGUGCUAGUUUAAAUGCUAUGCAUCGCAAUGGUGGGAUCAUGGGGAAAUUAAAAUCAAUAUCAACAACGGAAAAGAAAGGCUCUUCAGUAAUUCAAAAUGAUGCCGAAAGCUUCAGUGAAAGUGAAGCGUCCAACUCAGAAUUAGAUUCUACUAUUUCUUCUGAACCUGGAUACCAAACUCAGUCCAAACUGUUAGAUAAUUCUACAGCUGUUCUACAAGGCUCAGAGUCUGACUCGGAUGAUUCUAAUGCUGAAGAAGAACGAGCCAAAGCCAAGGCAAAAGCUGAUCUCCUAGCUAAAGUUAGAAGCUUAAACUCUAGCCAGAAGAGUGAAAGCGUACAAAAUAUCAGACGUUCCGGGCGAGUAAACGUCGGUGUCACAAAUUAUCAAAGUAAUCAGCGAAAAAAGUAA